AUGCUUCAUGAGUUGGAGAGCCUGACUCUUCUGGAGCAGUCCUGCUGCUGGACGUCGGCUUGUUCGGAAGGAGAAAUUCCUUGGGUGAAUGUGGACCUGUUCGGCAGGACCGCCCCGGGGAGCCGCCGGGGGUCGCUGUGCGCGGCUGUCCCGGGCGCCGGGAGCGGCUCGGCCGCAGAAAGGCGGCAGGACGCGGCCAUGGUGCUGUCGGCCGUGCAGCAGGUGGUGGUCUCGGCCGUGCUGGUGCUCUGCGUCUUCGUCGUCAUGCCCAGGAUAUUCGGGGGAGGAGGCGGCGGGCGGCCGGGCCGGUCUCCGCGGGGCGGCAGGGCCGCUCCGGGACACUACGAUCCGCGGCAGCACGGCAGAGGUAGUCCUCAGACAGUUUAUCAAGUCCAUCGGAAUCCAGGAAAUUCUGACAGUAAUACUUACCAGAGUAUUCAACAGAUGAGAAAUGCAAUGGAAAAAGAGAUAAAAAGUGAGACAACAAGAGGAAAUGGUAGAGAGUUAGCAUUCACCCUCAUGCCGUUGUAUGCUCUUGGAGUGGGAAUGUUUGCAGCAUACAAACUUCUUAAGAUGAAAUCACAUGAAGAAAGUCAUUCCAAAAAGGAAAAAAGUACAGAAGACAAGGCAAAGGAAACGGAGCAUCAGCUUUUAGAACUGGAGCGGCAUCUAGCACAGACAGAGAAAAUGUUAAAUUCUUUAUUGACUCAGUUGGAUCCACUUUCAAACUGUGUUAAUGCUUUAGCUUGUGAGCAGAAAGAUGAAAUAAUGACACAGCUCCAAUCAAUUAGACGACUGAUGAAAGAAAGUGGAUUGGAUAAAUCAGAAAACAAGAUGAAAGAUCUUGGCCACAUCUGUAAUGAGAAACUUGAAGAUCUCAUUCAGUCAUUUGCUGAACAUUCUCAAGAGAAAGAAAUGGACAACGGAGAAGAUGAUUGUUAUGAAGAUUUGCUUGAAGAUUAUAGUAAUGGUUACAAAAUAGAAGAGCAUGAAUUACACGAUGAAUGUGAAAUACAUCAGUUGGAGCCAGAUGUCCUAGAAGACCAAGAAAUGAUAAACAAAGAUGCCACUGAAUCAGAAGUGAUGGGACCGAGGAGACGCAAUAGAUAUGAAUGGAAUCUGCAUAUGUAAAACUUUAAAAGCUUUUGCAUUUCUUUUAUAACGUUGUAUGCACUUUAAACUGUUUUAAAUCAACUUAACAUGCACUGCUGUAUGCUUUAAAAAGAGCAGUGAAAUACUGCCUGUGCUCAUAUCUACAACAAUUCUGUAACUGACUUCAGUGGCAGCAGAAUUUUACUCAGGAUGUUUACAUACUUUAUUUAUUUUUCCCUAUCAGAAUAUUUCUGUAAUCUGUAUAUAAUGCACUGUAAUUACAUCUGAUGCUUCACUGAAAUAUUAGAAUGUCUUCUAAUUGAGACUAUAAAGUAGAGAUGUUUCAUAAAUGUUUUAUAACUAGUAAGCAUGAUGCCACUUGAACUGUGACUUUCUUGAGUUCAUUAAAGAGCAUGCACUGGUGAAUUUA